AUGGCCAUCCUUCCGGAGACCAUCCUGGGCCUUUCGCCUUGGACAUGGCUGUUUAAAGUCGGUCCGAUCGUCACUCUUGUUUACACCCUCUUAUGGAUGGUGUACGCAGUGACGCUGCAUCCCCUUGCAAAAGUGCCAGGACCAUUCUGGGCCUCGGUGACGCGGAUUUGGUACAUGUACCAGGUCUACAUGGGCGACAUGGAUAAGGUGCAGCGUGCCAUGCACAAGAAGUAUGGUCCAGUGGUGCGGUUGGCGCCGAACGAAGUGACUUCUGCCCAUGCGGCCGACAUACCGAAGAUCUAUCGACUUACAGAUCCGCUUCUGAAGACCGACUUCUAUCCAAUCUGGGGCGCGCCGCAGAUCUCGAAACAGCCAGAUCAGUUCACUUGCAUCGACGAGAAAGAGCACACGCGGUACCGAAAGAUCGUCGCGCCUGUGUAUUCGCUGGCGAAUGUCUUGAGACACGAGGACUAUGUGGCGAAGUGUACUACCCUCUUUCUCGAGCGCAUGACAGAAUUUGCGGACAAGAAAGAGCAAGUCGACAUUGGCCACUGGUUCCAGAUGUACGCUUUCGACGUUGUCGGAGAACUCUCGUUCGGCAACAUGUUCGGUUUUAUGGAGAAGAACACGGACAUUGGUGGUUGGAUCGGAGCGCUUGAAGCCCUCAUGCCCGUCUUGUGUGCCGCCGCAAUUGCACCCACAUACCUCCGACCGUUCGUCCUCGGCUCGGCCAUUAUCUCUCCAACUGUCUUUAAAGCGUUGAAAUCUUUCGAAGGUAUCCACACGGCGGCUGUUGACGUUGUCACAAAGCGUGUCAAAGAGAUCAACGCCGGUAUCGCUGAUCGCAUCGAUAUGCUGCAACAAUUUAGCAAGAUCGUUCGGGACAAGGGCGAACACACCGGCUUUACCGACAAUGAGGUGACCUUGGAGGCCUACAUUGCCAUGCUGGCGGGCUCGGACACCACUGCGAUUGCUCUUCGCGCCACCCUGUACUUCCUCAUGAAGCACCCCGGGAAGCUUGCGAAAUGCCGGGAGGAGAUCGACGCGCAUCGUGCAAGCCUGAGCUCUCCCAUCCGCUACACUGAGUCGCUCGCCCAAUUACCGUACACCGGUGCUGCUAUCAAGGAAGCUAUGCGUCUCCACCCCAGCGUCGGAUUGAGCAUGCAGCGACAUUCGCCAAAAACAGGUGUCGAACUUUCUGGUUACUUCAUCCCGCCUGGCUGGCGUGUUGGCAGCAAUCCGUGCAUCGUUCAUUUCGACCAGACGGUAUUCGGAGAGGAUGCUGAUGAGUUCCAACCUGAGCGAUGGCUGGAGUCUGAGGCGAGGAGCCGCGAAAUGGAAAAGUCUCUGCUCACCUUUGGUUCCGGAACCAGAGUGUGCAUUGGGAAGAACAUCUCUCUGACCGAAUUGCACACGCUCGUGCCGGAGAUCCUGCGUCACUUCGAUAUCAGCAUGGCGCAUGAUCGUCCGUGGAAGACACAGGACACCUGGUUCCACACGCAGACGGAUGUCGUUGUGAACAUCAGGCGACGUUGA